CUAUAAAUACAUUAUCUGUGCAAAAUAGUUCAAAUCAAAUGUCAUUUCACCUGACAACUUUUUUACUGAGAUCCAAUGUAUUUUUAUAAAUAAAUCGUUGUAAACAUGGCAAAUACAGGCUUAUUGCCGUUUGUUCGCGGCGUGGACUUUACCUGUAAUGAUUUCAGUGAUGAUAAAUUCCCGGAUGCUAUUCGGUACAUGACUGGCCUGCAGUGGCUACGGCUUGAUAAGACUAACCUGACAGAUAUCCCUGAAGAGUUAGGAAAGUUAAUGAAAUUGGAAAAUUUAUCAUUGAAAAAGAACAGUUUAGAGAAAUUAUUUGGUGAGUUAACUGAGCUGAAAUGUCUGAGGUCCCUGAAUGUAAGGCACAACAAUGUGAAGAGCUCUGGGAUCCCGGCUGAGCUGUUCAGAUUGGAAGAGCUCACCACCUUGGAUCUAUCACAUAACAGGCUGAAGGAAGUUCCUGAGGGAUUAGAGAAAGCCAAAUCUUUGCUAGUCUUAAAUCUCAGUCAUAAUAAAAUUGAGAGCAUCCCACCAACAUUAUUUGUGCAACUGACAGACUUAUUGUUUCUGGACCUGUCCCACAAUCUACUGGAGACUUUGCCCCCUCAGACCAGGAGGCUAGCGAACUUGCAAACACUUAUACUUAAUGACAAUCCACUUGGAGUUUUUCAGCUUAGACAACUGCCCUCUCUCCAAAGUUUAGAAGUGCUUCACAUGCGUAACACACAGAGGACGCUCGCAAACCUACCAUCCUCUUUGGACACCCUCUCGAACCUGUCGGAUGUGGACUUAUCUAAGAAUGCCCUGACCAAAGUACCUGAUGCCCUAUACUCAUUGCUCAGCCUCAAGAGACUGAACCUUAGUGACAAUGAAAUCACUGAAGUGUCUUCAGCUAUGGACAACUGGCAGAAACUGGAAAGCUUGAACUUAUCUCGAAACAACCUGACUGUGCUGCCGGCUUCUCUGUGUAAGCUGCAGAAUUUAAGGAGGUUGCAUGUGGAUGACAAUAAGCUGGACUUUGAAGGUAUACCUUCGGGCAUUGGGAAGCUGGGCAGCCUCGAAGUGUUCUCAGCUGCUAACAACUUGUUGGAGAUGAUACCUGAAGGGCUCUGCAGGUGUGGAUCGCUCAAAAAACUGAACCUAAGUUGCAAUAAGCUUAUCACGCUACCCGACGCCAUCCACCUUCUGAGUGACUUGGAAAGUCUACAACUACAUGGAAACCCUGACCUGGUGAUGCCACCGAAGCCCGUGGAGCGACCAAGAGGGGCUGGUCUUCAAUACUAUAACAUUGACUUCUCUCUACAAGCUCAAUUACAGCUGGCCGGCGCUGCUACUAAUGAACCUACCACGCCUAGCAGUGUAAAAUCUGACCCGAUCGCACGAAAGAUGCGCUUACGCCGCGGCAGAGCUGAGCCGGAGCAACGCGACUCCGCGCUCAUACUCCGCGGCAUGCAGGAACAGGCCAACACACAGCACAACGACCACAAACUUGAACAGAAGAACUCCGAACUUAAACCGAAGCGAUGGGACGAGAGCUUGGAGAAGCCGCCGCUAGACUACUCGGAGUUCUUCGACGAGGACACGGGCCAGACGCCCGGCCUCACCGUCUGGGAGAUCGAGAACUUUAUACCCGCACCUGUUGAUGAGGUGGCGCACGGCAAAUUUUUCGAAGGUGAUUGCUACAUAGUGUUGAAGACUGCCAUUGAGGAGCAGGGCCAGCUCUCCUGGGAUAUACACUUCUGGAUCGGGUCUAAAGCGACUCUGGACAAGGCGGCGUGCGCGGCGAUGCACGCGGUGAACCUGCGCAACCUGCUGGGCGCGCGGCGCACGCAGCGCCACGAGCAGGCCGACGAGACGCCCGACUUCCUCGCGCUCUUCCCCACGCCGCCCGUCUACAUACAGGGCAGCCACACGCCCUCCGGGUUCUUCACCGUCGAUGACCCGCACUACGUGACCCGUCUGUACCGCGUGCACGGCGCGGGCAACAGUAUCCACCUGGAGCCCGUCGCCGUGCAGGCCGCCUCGCUCGACCCGCGGUACGUCUUCGUGCUCGACACCGGACUCGUCAUAUACUUGUGGUACGGGAAAAAAGCAAAGAACACGUUGAAGUCCAAAGCCCGUUUGUUUGCGGAGAAGAUAAAUAAAGAAGAGAGGAAGAAUAAGGCAGAAUUGAUCGCGGAACCGCCCGGUAAGGAGCCGGCCAGCUUCUGGGAGACACUAGGGUAUGAAGGGGACCUGCCUUAUGUACCACAGGAGCAUGUCCCAGCGGAUUUCGUAUGUCCGGGCGCGCGGCUGUACCGCGUGGAGCUGGGCAUGGGCUACCUGGAGCUGCCGCAGCCCGAGGCCGAGCCCCUCGCCCGCGCCGCGCUGCUCACGCGGAACGUAUACAUACUCGACGCACACGUCGAUGUCUUCGUCUGGUUCGGCAAGAAGUCAUCUCGUCUAGUUCGCGCGGCCGCGGUGAAGUUAGCACAAGAGUUGUUUAACAUGGUGACCCGACCUCCGCACGCACUCGUCACACGACUGCAGGAGGGAACUGAGACACAGGUGUUCAAGACUUACUUCCUGGGCUGGGAAGAGGUUAUAGCGGUGGACUUCACUCGUACCGCGGAGUCAGUCGCGAGGACUGGCGCCGACCUCGCCAGCUGGGCCAAACAGCAAGAGACCAAAGCGGACCUCUCAGCGUUAUUCACUCCUCGGCAACCAGCGAUGGGAGCUGCAGAGGCCAAGACUCUCGCAGACGAGUGGAACGAGGACCUGGAGGCCAUGGAAGCGUUCGUGCUGGAGGGGAGACACUUUGUGCGCCUGCCUGACCACGAGCUCGGAGUCUUCCAUAGCUGUGACUGCUACGUCUUCCUCUGCAGAUACGUGUUGCCUGCUGAGCCGGAGGACGAGACGGACGCAACGAAUCCAUUAGAAGACGACUCGGAGUCGGAGGCGGCGACGUGGGUGGUGUACUUCUGGCAGGGCCGGCGCGCGCCCAACAUGGGCUGGCUCACCUUCACCUUCGGCCUCGAGCGCAAGUUCAAGCAACUCUGCAAGAGGCUCGACGUCGUCAGGACCCACCAACAACAGGAGAGCCUCAAGUUCAUGGCCCACUUCCACAGGCGGUUCAUCAUCAAAGAUGGCAAGAGGAAUCAGAAGCCGGAGAGUGGUCGCCAGCCGGUAGAACUGUACGAGCUACGAAGCAAUGGAUCUGCGCUGUGUACCCGACUCGUGCAAGUAAAGGCAGACGCGGCACAGCUCAAUAGUGCCUUCUGCUACAUCCUGAACGUGCCGCUAGAGGGCGCCAACGACACGUCCUCGGCCAUCGUGUACGCGUGGAUAGGCAGCAAGAGCGACGCGGACUCCGCGCGACUCAUCGAGCAGAUCGCUGAGGAGAAAUUCAAUAACCCCUGGGUCAGCUUGCAGGUGAUAACGGAGGGCAGCGAGCCUGAUAACUUCUUCUGGGUGGGUAUAGGCGGCCGCAAGCCGUACGACACGGACGCAGACUAUCUCAACUACACCAGGCUGUUCCGAUGCUCCAACGAAAAGGGAUACUUCACUGUCUCCGAGAAAUGUACCGAUUUCUGUCAGGAUGAUCUGGCUGACGACGAUAUAAUGAUAUUGGAUAACGGCGACCAAGUGUUUCUAUGGCUUGGUGCCAAGUGCUCGGAAGUGGAGAUAAAAUUGGCUUACAAAUCUGCACAGGUCUACAUUCAACACAUGAAAUCCAUGCAACCGGACAAGCCACGCAAGCUGUUCCUGACUCUCAAGAACAAGGAGUCGCGGCGGUUCACCAAGUGCUUCCAUGGAUGGGGAGAACACAAGCGACCACCUGAAUAAAUAGAUCCAUAGAUCUGCAUUUGCCAAUGACUAGUAACCAUUAUGGCAGAAAUACAUUAGCGUGGCGCUGCGUGUCGAGGCGCACCAGAAGUUUAUCGGUUUUAUAAAUUGAACGCAACCACGACCAUGACACAGAAGAAAUUCACAGUGUGGGGAAACUUGAUUUUAAAUUUUAAAGAUUACGGACAUGCUUCUGGUGGUCUAGUGCCCAUUGCACCAUGACACUGCACUCCAUGAUAAUUUAUUUCUGCCUCUAAACAUGCCUAUACCUAGUUUUCUGAGUGAGUUUUAGUACUUUUAGUUACUAAGUGAAAUCAAGGCACACAUUUUAAUAAAAAGACAAGACAUAAUGUUCCUUAUGUCACUCAAUUGUAUUGGACUUAUUUUGAUAUUAAAUAAUAUUAACAUUAUCAUUUAACAUUAUUGUGUAAUAUAGAAACAGUAUUCAGUAGUUGAUUAUGUUUUAAAAAGUAUUGUUGAAGCUUUGAAGUUUUUAUAAACAUGUUUACAGAAAGUGUCAAUAACAGAAAUGUACAAUAACAAGUAUUACAAGUUAUUAUUAUUGUGAAUGUUUACUAUGCUUCCAGACAGACAAGGGAGUAUAAUUUUGAUAUAAUUAUAAUAUGUAAAUUGUACCACUGCUCUGUUCAUGUACAUGUAUAGCAGUUGCUAACAAGUGAUUUAUUCUUUCUUGUUAUCUUCUUUCUUCUCUCUCCUUCAUCGCCUCAUCAUUGCAGUAGAGAAUUAUGUGGUUUGUCAAAAAUGAAAGACUGAAUCAUGCCAUUAUCUCAUUUAUUUGAACAUUCAUCUAUGAAGUAUUAAGCACAAGUGUUUAUUGGUACAUUUGCGAGAGUAACCUCUGACUAGAUUAGCUGAGAUUGCCUUGUGUGUGUUACUCCUUUGACAAAUGAAACAUGCAUUUCUUUUGUAAUGCAUUUAUUAAUGUGACAUGAUUUGAUUGAUGCAUAUUUAAUUUAGCUGUAUAUAGAAUGCUAUUUUAUAUGAUCACAAUUUAAUGUAUUUAUGUAAAUCAUGUAAAUAAGAGAUUUUUAAUAUAAUAAAAUCCAUAAAUUAAACAAAAUUCCUAAGUAUUGUGUACAAUGCUAUUUUGAUGUUGAGCACAAAAUUUUAAUGUUUUUGUAACAAUCCUUAUAAUAAAAUAUAACAAUAAA